UUACUUAGUACUUAAUUGCUAGUAAUUAAGUGUUGCCUUGAAAUGGACAGACCACAACAACCUCGUCUCCCCCGCCGGCUCAGUACCGCCGUAUACCGCCCGCCAGCUGCGCCAGCACCGCCACGACCCGUGCUAUUUCGGCCCCAGGUGGCUGCCGCAUUAAGGCCACCAGAAAUCACCACUCCAGCACCUCCGCCUCCGCCUCCGCCUCCUCCUCCGACGGCCACCGGAGUCCCCUCCUCUGACGCCGUCGACCUGCCACCACUACCUAACCCAUCUGCCACUCCACCUCCAUUGCCGGAAAGUGAUAAACCUCCGGCCAAAACCGUUACUUUUUCAUCAAGAUCGCCGCCACCGUCGCCGAGAAAAGAGGCCGUCGUGAAAACAACCGAUGAAUCUAAUUCUGACGAAAGGAAUCCCGUUUCCGAUCCUCCUCUGAAGCAACCCCUUCCCCCAUCGUCUGAGCCGGAAACGGAGUCGGGUGGGAGAGGAAGGGUCCCGGCGGAGGAGAAUGAUUUGGGGGUGGUUAAAGAAGAAAUAACUGAAAGCAGAGGGACCAAGGGAGUAAUUUCCGAGGGCAAAGCCCAAGGGCAUGAGGGUAUGAGCGGGGACAGUAGUGAAUCGUCAGGAAAGAUGACGACGACGACCAAAGUCAAAGACCACAAUCAUCGUCACCGUUCCUCAGAUGCUGAUAAUAAUUCAUCCGGAACUAGCAGCAUUAUAACACUUGCAGGAGAGAACAAAGGUGCCAUCAUGGAGCUUAGCCCAAUGCGCGCGAAACACGGCUUCAUCGGAAUCCCGCUGAGGCUUCAACAAGAAAGGACCGACGGCGAUGAGAACGGAGGAAAGUCGUUGAAGACCGGAGAGAAGAGGAGCAAUAAUGAUGAUAACCGAAGGCAGCCCCCAACUGCGAGGGCAGCCUUCGUGAACAACAAUGUGCAGGGAGUCAACAAUUCAUUUAUGCACGGUACCUCAAUCCAUCACCAUGACCCCGGUGUUCAUCUCUGCAUUUCAAGCAAGCAUGGCAGCAACCGCUACGUCAAGAAUCCUUAAUUCUACCUCAGCACCCCAUAAACUACACCGGAUGACGAUAAAUAACAUUCAUGAGAAUAAAUAUAUUGUGCAAAUGAUAUGAUGAUUUCAUAGAGAAUAUUACUGAGUUAUUAAUGUCAACGUACUGGAAAUAAUAAAUAUUUUCUAAGUAGUGUAGUACUAAUAAGCAUUUGUAGGUUUAUUAUUUUAAGAAAAAAUGAAUCUUCAUUAUUGUACAAAUAAAGAGCAUAGUCCUUUCCAUAGUAUCUAAAAC